CCCCAUUUAUACGUGGGCGCAUGAAUUCCUGAGAGCUUGGGCUAAUAGCUCCGGAGAGAUGGCCACGAGACCGCCCGUACCUCCCCCGAAAGAUGUCGUGGCACCCCGACUGUUUUACAGACUGUACUCCGAGAGUGAAUCGAUACGCUCCAGGCACUAUGUUACACCGGAUGACCACUCGUUUGCCCGCAUAAACGCAGACACCAUUCCACCGCCCCAUACAGCCGCUGCCCUCAGAAGAUUCCUUUGUUCUCAAGAAGGAUUUGACCCAGAACGAUCAGUUUUAUUCCUGAAGCGAUCUGACACAGAGCCGGCUAUGGAUGCGGAAUUCAUAUCGGUUCUCAAAGGGGUUGGGCCAGGCUCGUCCUCAGACCAGCCUCUCGCGCUCAUAGUCAAAGUAGACAAAGAAACACCAGCUCCCAGAUUCCGGAUUCGAGCGAAAGAAAAAUGGAUUGCGCCGAAAGGCUAUUUAUCGUACGAAGAAGGGGAAGUAUUGCUGACGGACGGAAUUGAUGACAUCCACCAAGGCUCGAUUCGUAUGAGCUUCCUCCACUCUUGGGUCACCGUAUUAACAACGGUAAUAGGCUUGUGGAAAGCGCAGAAGUCCAGAGGGUCAGGAAGAAUCGGGUGUAAGUAGUUUCUACCAAUCAUUGAACCGUAGGCUAAGUGAUAGUUUCAGUGAUCAAUCCCAGUGCGUUCGUUACCCAGGAAGUGGGCCAGAAACACUCACUUUUUUACUACCAGAACGAUUCGAAAUAUUGUGAAAAGGGUAUCCUGUUACUCCCCUGUCCGAUGCAAUGACACCGAUUCGUGAUAUCUGUCCUGUAUCUUAAUAGUAAAGACACCUCAUGUUCCAAUAACUCAUACUGUCUGCGUACGCCUGGAUGCGAAUACUCAUCUCGUACAGAAGAGCCCAUGGU